UUCCUUCAUCGAGUUUGUUCUUUGAGAGUCACAGCUGGAAAGUUGCUUCCCCUUUGGUCAACGUGGGCAGCAUCAGCUCGGAAAGCAUGGCGGAUUACUUAAUCAGCGGUGGUACGGGAUACGUCCCCGAAGAUGGACUCUCAGCUCAGCAGCUUUUCUCAAUUGGAGAUGGCCUUACGUACAACAGAUCUGACCAACAGUGCGUUGUCUCCGACGGUCAUACGGCUGAAGAGCUAUGCUCUAAAGGAGAUGGGUUGACUUACAAUGACUUCCUGAUAUUACCUGGCUUCAUCGACUUUACCUCAGACGAAGUGGACCUGACGUCAGCGCUGACCAGGAAGAUCACACUGAAGACCCUCAUCUCCUCCCCCAUGGACACGGUCACAGAGUCGGCGAUGGCUAUUGCGAUGGCGCUAAUGGGAGGCAUUGGCAUCAUUCACCACAACUGCACACCAGAAUUCCAAGCCAAUGAGGUCCGGAAGGUUAAGAGGUUUGAGCAGGGUUUUAUCACAGACCCGGUUGUGAUGAGUCCGCGCCACACCGUUGGGGAUGUGUUUGAGGCCAAAGUAAGACAUGGCUUCUCUGGUAUUCCGGUCACAGAGACGGGCAAGAUGGGCAGCAAACUGGUGGGCAUCGUCACCUCCCGAGACAUUGACUUCCUUUCUGAGAAAGACCACGGCAAACCUCUGGAGGAGGCCAUGACGAAGAGGGAGGAGUUGGUAGUGGCUCCAGCCGGUGUUACCCUAAAAGAAGCCAAUGAUAUUCUGCAGCGCAGUAAAAAAGGCAAGCUUCCUAUUGUAAAUAAUAACGACGAGCUGGUGGCCAUUAUCGCCAGGACGGAUCUGAAGAAGAACAGGGACUACCCGCUGGCCUCCAAAGACUCACGCAAACAGCUGCUGUGUGGCGCCGCCAUCGGCACAAGGGAGGACGACAAAUACAGACUGGACCUGUUAGUGCAGGCUGGAGUGGAUGUUGUUGUACUGGACUCUUCACAAGGCAACUCGGUGUAUCAAAUCAACAUGAUAAGUUAUAUUAAACAGAAGUAUCAGGAAUUGCAAGUGGUGGGAGGAAAUGUGGUCACAGCAGCCCAGACCAAGAAUCUGAUCGAUGCUGGUGUCGAUGCUCUGAGAGUCGGCAUGGGCUGCGGCUCCAUCUGCAUCACACAGGAAGUCAUGGCAUGUGGAAGGCCCCAGGGGACCUCGGUGUACAAGGUAGCCGAGUACGCCCGGCGCUUCGGUGUGCCAGUCAUCGCUGACGGCGGCAUUCAGACUGUGGGCCAUGUGGUGAAGGCUCUGUCUCUUGGAGCAUCGACUGUUAUGAUGGGCUCGUUGCUAGCGGCAACCACCGAAGCUCCAGGGGAGUACUUCUUUUCAGACGGUGUGCGGCUGAAAAAGUACCGCGGCAUGGGCUCGCUGGACGCCAUGGAGAAGAGCACCAGCAGCCAGAAACGCUAUUUUAGUGAGGGCGACAAUGUGAAGGUAGCCCAGGGUGUAUCGGGCUCGGUCCAGGACAAGGGUUCCAUCCACAAGUUUGUACCUUACCUGAUAGCUGGUAUCCAGCACGGCUGCCAGGACAUCGGGGCAAAGAGUCUUUCUGUCCUCCGUUCCAUGAUGUACUCUGGAGAGUUGAAGUUUGAAAAGAGGACCAUGUCGGCACAGGUGGAGGGAGGUGUUCAUGGACUUCACUCUUACGAGAAGCGGCUUUACUGAGCGGGGGCGGGGGGGGAUGGAGCGCAGAUCAGUGCAAGUCUAACAGUGACCAAAUGUUAAAAAUCCUCUGCUAAAACACGCACCACCCACUACACCCUCUCCUCUGUCGUAUCCACCGUUACUCUCUCUCUGAUCCCGGCCGGCUGCUCUUGGGAGGAACGAGGCACAGAAGCGAAGUGAGAAUCUUCAAAACCCGAACACCCGACUCUCUCUGAACACCUGGGAUUUUUUUUUUGCACUCAAGAAGCGGCGGAUCAGGGUUUUUCGGAAUAUCACACCUGUACCUUGAGCAUGCAGCCGAUCCCAAUUUAGCGUGCGUGUUGAUAGUAGUGUGUGUGUGUGUGUGUGUGUGUGUGUGUGACUGGUGAAUCAAGGGAAACGUGUGACUGACUGAGUGAUAGUGUUUAAAAAUGUGUCUUUGGGAAAAAAUAAAGUGAAGGUGCGCUGUGUUUACUUGUUGAUAUCAUAGAGUCUAAAACGGCCACGGUGCAGAUCACAUCAGCAUCUUACUUUGGCCUUUUUUUGGGAUCCACGUUUUACCAGCACGCUCCCCAUCUGAAGCCUCUCACAAUCCAGCUCUUAAACACACCAGUACGUGCAGAAAACGAGACGAAACACUUGUCUGUCUAUGUGCAGUGUGUCGGUGUUUCAUGGCAAUCUCCCUAUUCCGUUCUCAUUUUUAAGCCAUUACAGGUCUAAGCUACUUACUGAACAGUAGCUGGUUAUACUUCAGCGCAUAUUGUUUACUUCCCUGUGUUGUGGAUCCCGAGGUACGAGAUAUUGGCUGUGACGUUUAUCCUGUAGACUUUGUAUCCGUCGGUGUCCCCUACAAUCAAUAGACCGAACCCAGACCCGCAGUCUUAACCUCUGUGGGCGUUCAUUUUCCCUUAAACGACACCGUGGCAAAUAAUCACUGUCCCAUUUCAGUGCAUAGUGUUCAUAUGUUGAGCAUGGAAGGGACCAAUAGCUGAAAAAAACUGAAAUGUAUUGCAUCAAUCAAGAGUAGUUCAAAAUGAAGAGGACUAUUUCUCCACCCAUAAUUUGGAUACUUUUAGAUAAAACAAACUUUAUAUAAAAACCUGUAUAGUCUUGGGGGGCUUUGAAUUGCGCAUGAAGUGUUUUGAUAUGCAUGUUUGUUUUUCCACUUAGCCAAACAUGGCUGUAUUUAUAUUCUGCGUUAUUGUGAUUGCAUACAUACUGCCAAGUGUCUGUAAGCUUCCUCUAGACACUUUUCUUUUGUAAUUUCGAAAACCAAAAUUGCGCACAAGAAGUCGCUUGUUACCGCGUGUCACUUCAUUCCUGAGUUCUCAACAGUGUGGCAUAGGUUCUCCGUGAUAAGUUUAUUUUCUUUCUGAUGAAUUUGUUUCUUUUUUUUUUACCAGAGAUUUGCCUUGAAAGGGGGAUGGAUAAAGGCUGCGUGACAGCUCAGUGAAAAAGCAUAAUGCUACACACCCUCUCGCCUCUUUUUCUUACUUUGAAACGGCAUCGCUUAUGUUUUUCUUAUCAUUCAGCUUAUGUAGGAGUAGGCUUAUCUAACAUUUUCAUACUGGAUGUCCUUUUGGCCAGAUGUCUUUUUUUUUUUUUUUUUUUUUUUUUUUUUAAUGAAAUGUCCCAGAUUGUAAGAGUUGAGUUGAUUCCUCUAACGUGCUAAUGUAUUUACCCUGCACAGGGUUCCCCUCGACUAACAAAAGCCUUGCAAUUGGACUAAAUUGCAACAUAAAUAUACAUGAAAAUGGAAAGAGAAUAUAUGGAGAAAUAUAUACCUAUAUCCAGCUCGAAAGGACUGCUGAUUGUUUUCAGUUUACCAUCUGAAGAGAUAAUACAGGUUUUUAUUUUAAAUGUCAAAUUUGUGAAGUACUGAGUUCUGUUAGUCCAACUAAAAAGCACAAAUAUAGUGAUAAGUGAGAUAUUUGGUUUAGGUUUUUUGUUGUUGUGCUGCACUUUUGUAUGAUUUCAUGACGUUGUUAAGCCGCUAUACUUGUCAGAACAUUGCAGAAGCUUCUGCAACCAAUAACCAAAACAUUAAGGAACGGCUUUUUAGAUGGACAGAAAAGACUCAGUAUUUAUUAAAACCAUUUGGGAAUUUUUGAGAAAUAUCACUUCAGCACAUGUUUACAGUAAAACACUCAACAGCGGUUUGUUGCUUUUGCUUAAUGUGGUUAAAAAAAGAAUAAAUAAAUCAA